AUGUCCUCCCAAUUCCUGCAGACGGAGAUCGCCAAUUUGAUUCAUGAGUCUCGGAGGAAAAACUCCGAUUUGCGAAAUGCCGCUGAACAAUCGUUAAAUGAGCUCAAAGCACUGCCUUCAACUUCAGAGGCUCAGAUAGCAGCAGACCUUGUUCGCAAACCGAAUUUCGUCGAGCCAUUCAUCAUUGCAUGUUAUACUCGGCAUGCGAAGCUUGCCGGUAUUGGUGUGAUCUGUUUACAGAGACUAAUUGCUUCUCGGUCAUUACCCUCGAGUCGUUUGAAAGACGUCCUCGGGGGCCUCAAGGAGACUACGAGCUUAAGCCUUGAUAUUCAGCUGAAAAUUUUACAGUCUCUGCCUUCGCUUUUGCAGUACUAUUCCAAUGAAUUGAGCGGGGAGCUUCUUGCGAACACGUUGGAAAUAUGCGCCACGUUACAGGCAAGCAAAAUGAUUGCAGUCUCUAGUACUGCCGCCGCUACUCUGCAACAGCUGGUGGUAUCGACAUUUGAAAGAGUUUCGAGCGAAGACAAUCUUCCUAAGGAGGCCAAGAUCACCACAACCAUCAAAGUCGAUGGCCAGUCGCUCGAUAUCGGCUACUUCGCCUAUGAUGCACUGCAAGUAUUGGAUGAUCUUUGUCGUCUGAUCGAUGGUGAGCCACUGCAGUUUCUGCGAACACGAACCCUAUCCCCGACUUUUGUGCUCGAACUUAUUGAGAGUAUUCUCCUGAGCAGCGGCCGUCUUUUUGUGGGACAUCCCGAACUUUCCCAAGUGCUGCGCGUUCGGUUGUUACCACUAGCCGUCCGUUGUCUAUCUGAGAGGUAUUCGUUCGCCCAAACUGUCCGAGUCGCUCGAAUUCUUCUCAUACUUCUGAAGCGCCAUAUGUCUCUCUUGACUACAGAAUGCGAGAUGGCAUUGAGUUUGAUAACCCAUCUGGUUGAACCGGAUGGGACAGCACCUUGGAAGCGAUUAAUCUGUAUGGAAAUUUUCCGAGGGCUAUACUCGGAGCCGGGUGCUGUACGGCUGAUAUACACUUUGUAUGACGGCGAGGAAAGCAGAAAGAACAUCCUCCGUGACCACAUGGCUGCGCUUGUUCGGCUAGCUUCAGAGAAGCCUUCUUUGAUUGGCGUCAGCAAUCAAUCAACAGUACCUUCACGAGCGGAGCACUCAAUAUCCACUACAGAAGAUCAAAUAACUCUUGAAACCGGCGGUGUUGCUGGUGUCAUUGGGUCAACUGUUCCUCCAAGUGAAACCAAGGUACCUGGAAUCAGCACUCAAUGGAGUGUUGUUCGUACGCCAUACAUCGACCUCCUCGACAAGACAGAUCCGCCCACACCGCCGGACACUUACAUUUACAGCCUCGUUCUUAAUUGUAUCAGCAGCUUUGCUGAAGGGCUUGCGAAAUUUAUUCUUCCAUUGACGGUCCCGGAUCUAAAGCAAAGACGCAAGAAUCGACUUAUGAGCCCCAUUCAGGGACCCGACUCCGCCAGAUCUUCUCAAGAUUUCACAGCAGAGCCCAUCCGAGUACAGUCCGGCUCGUUGUCGAAAAAAUCACAUGUUCCCAUCAAUCCUCUGGACCUGCAGUCUCAUGUACAGUAUUCCGCCAUCAAGACUUGUGCGGGGAUAAUAGAGAACUGUUGGCCCGCUGUCCUAGCAACUUGUUCGACCUUUUUGCGCGCAUCCUUGGAUGAUGAGUAUUACCACAAUCUCGUUCGAGCAUUCCAAAAGUUAGCUCAUGUGGCGGGUCUACUGAGAUUGGCUGUUCCCCGAGAUGCUUUCUUAACAACUCUUGGGAAGGCUGCUACGCCUGCGAGUGCGGUUGGUGCCAAGUCACAUAAUGUGCCUGCCACUGGCUCUCAGCAAAGUGACACGCCCCAAAAGAAACGGAGAAGUGCGGAUCUGUCACAUUUGUCCAGUUCUUUAUCAAUGGAGUCUGCAGGAACUACUGCGGGGGAAGGGCCUCCCGUGUCUUUAAGCACAAGGAACCUACUUUGUAUGCGGGCUUUGCUCAACCUCGGAAUUGCUUUGGGGCCGACAUUGGAUCAGCCAGCCUGGUCCAUUCUGUUUGAAACUCUUCAAUAUACUGGACUGGUGAUUGGCAUGUCCUCGAGUGCAAUGGUCAAAUCGGCUAGUGGGACUGGGGAGACUCCAGUCACCCCAGGAAACGAUGUUCCCACUGCUAAUCUUGGGACUGAGGUGAUUGCGGUUCAAGCGGCCUCUAACAAAUUGCUCGAAAGCACCAGCGAUUUCCCAAGUGCAUCUUUUGAGGAAAUAUUACUUGCCUUGUUGAAUCUGUCAGAAUUUACAGAGCAACGUCCCAACCAAGGUGAUGCCCAGGAAGUAUCAGAAAUGCCUCGAACACCGCAACCCUCCCAAGCAAGUGGACGAUUGCACCAAGGUUCCCGGCGCGUAUCGCAUACCGUCGGAAAAUCAAGAAUGCAAGACGAGGAACUCAAAUUUGUAUUGGAGAAAGCGAACGAACUAGCCAAAGCAAACCUUGGAAGACUGUCUUCGCUCGAAGAAGACGACAUCAAAGUAUGGGAGCUACUGACCCAAAGUCUCAUCUCGGCUUCCGCAAAUACUACCGUCAGUCCGAAUCUCCGCCUGCAGGCAAGCGCAAUUUUGAAUUCACUCGUAUUCUCAACAAUGAAACAAAGGGACGAAGACGACGAGAGAGUCUACAAUCAAGUGCAGACGAGGAAUUUGCAGACAUUGAAAGCCCAGGUCACCUCGCUCUAUGCAUCGGACAUGCACACCUCCAAGUCUUUACCGAUAACCGUGAUUGAAAUCCACGAACAGACCUUGGAAGUCUUGAACAAUAUUCUGGAGCAGUACGCAGAAACUUUCGUGGACGGAUGGCAUCUCAUCUUUGAUUUAAUAUCUGGUGUCUUCCAAUUUGCCCUAGAUCCUGGAACUGGCGAUCGGCCUUCCACUAUAAUAGAGCGCAGAUCAUCGGCCCUUCCAGCAGGCCCUCGCCUGGUACGUGCUGCGUAUAAGUCUUUGCACCUUGUCGCAUCCGACUUCCUUUCUCUGCUGCCAGCGCCCUGCCUCUUGAGCUUGGUGAAUGCCUUCUCUAGCUUUACUUCGCAAAUCCAAGAUUUCAACAUCUCCCUUACCACGACUUCGUUUUUCUGGAACGUUUCCGACUUUCUCCAGGGCCAGAUUGAACAGAUCUCACUAGGCCAUGUUGAUGCAUCCGUCAGCGAAGAAGAGCUAGCUAAAUUGGCUCAUGACGAAGACUCUUCUGUUUCCCGGAACUCGUUGUGGCUGCUGCUGUUGCUUCGCAUCGUUGAUAUCACGACAGAUAGUCGACCUGAGAUUCGAAAUAGCGCAGUUCAUACGCUUCUGCGCAUUUUCGAUGCCUAUGGGCAGCAGCUAUCCCCAAAAGCGUGGCGGCUGUGCCUAAACAUGGUCCUCUUCAAGAUGGCCGAGGGAAUUGAGACCCCUCUCCUCCAAGCUAAGAAUAAUCGGAGCAAUACAAAAUCCGAUGACUUCAAGGCGUGGGUGGACACGACUGUGGUGAUGAUCAAGGGUUUGUCAAAUCUGAUCACGAAUUUCUUCGAGACUCUUGUACACGACGAGAAGUUUGAUCAAUCAUGGAAGCGACUUUUGAAGUACUUGCAAAGUCUGAUUGACUUGCAUAUUUUGGAUUUCAGCGAAGCAACAUUUUCUAGCCUCUCAGCAGUUCUCGUUCGCGUGCAGGAUGGAGCCGAACUUAGCAACGAUGCUCUUGAGUGUGCGUGGCUUCUUUGGGCAAACGGACACCCUUCUGGCGAUGAGAAGACGCUUGACUUGGAUCAACCUAACCAGGAUGCGGCUUUGGCCUAUCUACAUACAUUCCAGCAGGUCUAUCGCCUUUACAAAGACCAGCUGACCACAAAGCACAUUGAAAAGGUCCUUCAUCACCUCAGCUUGCUUGUGUGGAACUCGGUCUCCCCGCGCUACUCUCCAGAUAUCGAUCGACCCUCGGGCCUGCAAGCGCUAGUCAUUGAUUGUCUCAAAAUGCUCUGCCUGGAAAAAGAGGACUCCCAGCCGGAUAUUCUCUUGUGUCUUGCCGAGCUAUCUGAUUCAGCACUAUCAAAAUGGAGCCCCGGCAGCGAUACUCGAAGACCAGCGUUCGUGGCCUUCUCGAAACGCACCAUCGAUCUUGUCAGCUGGUACAUUACCGAAUUCGGCAUCAAGCAAGACGUCUUCACGAAUGGUGCUCUUGCAAAAUCCCUCGAACACCUUAGUGCUCCAAUUGCGCAAAAGUACACAUGGCAAGGGAAGGACCGCGAGCCGUUCCUCUGGCAAAAAGCCACAACGGUAUCCCUAAACGUCCUCCAAGUCGCAGUCCCCUACGUGGAAAAGCAAUACACGGAGACAAACGAGUUCGAAACAUCCCAGUUCUGGCAACGCAUCGUCGACAUCACAAAUGGAAUAGUUUCCGCCCGCGGCUUCCAAGCCCAACAACUCCCCAACGCCCGAAUCACCGCAGACGAAGCGUUCGACACUAAAGCCUUUACCCGUUUGAAGACUCUCAUCCUCCCAUCCCUCGGAGCAGCAGCAAUUCCAGACGCCGUCCGCCGCAAUUUCGCCCGCGCUCUCUUCAACUCCUCCUUCAUCUACGCCCCCCUCCGCUUCGACCUACCUAGCGGCCUCGAAGACGCACCCCUACAGGACUUCUACACCGUUCGCCCCGGCCGGACCUUCGCCCCACCGCCAACCAUGCGCCCGGAAAUAGCCUACGUCCUCAUAGACACGCUUUUCGAGCUCGCCGCAUACUCGCAAGCUAAGACCGAGACAAAAACCGACGCCUCAUUUCCGCAGACUCUGCUCGCCCGCUCGAUCUCGCCUUACCUCCUCCUGCGCUGCGCGGUCUCGCUCAAGUCUUACAUCGCAGACCAGCCGCUGCGCGGCUUGAUGCCCCAGCCCACGCCUGCACGUAAAGCCCUGCUCCAUCUGCUGCUCCGCAUGGUCGAGCUGAAGAGUGAGCCGUCGGCUAUCCCGAACCCGCCUUCGCUGAAGACCGUCUCAGUUGUCGAGGACGGGGAUGCGGAAGAGAACCACUAUCGGAAACAUCUCGAGUGGAUUUAUCCGUUGGUUGUGCGCGCUGUGCAGGUCGCUGGCAAAGAGCGUGAUGAUGGACAGAUUCUCCAAGCACUGGGAAAGGUGUUGCAGGAGAUUGGUCGGUUUGAGUAUUAG